ACUCCUCUCCCUCCUCUCAGCUUCCGUUUGCCCUCUUCUGCUGCCUUUGACUUCGGCAUCGAGGGCGAGAGUCGAACAAGCGAGGAAUAAGGUUCCCCAUUUGCCUCCUCUUUUCUGCUGUGCAGGUGAAACAAGCUCCAAGAAGGAGGCCAUUAGAUGCAUCUUAGUUGGUCUACAACUAUUCACUACUACGACGACUGGAAUCACGUCCUUAGCUUACGCUUUUAGAGUUCAUUAUGUAUUCAGAGGGAGCAGUUCUUUCUGGCAUUAGUCUUUUAUGCUUGUCUUCCUGUGUCAGCUGUGCGUGAGAUGGUAUCGGCGGCGGCAGCGGCUGCAGCAGCAUCGCCAUGCGCGGCCUGCAAGUUCCUGCGGCGAAAGUGCCAGCCGGAGUGCGUGUUCGCCCCCUACUUCCCGCCGGACCAGCCGCAAAAGUUCGUGCACGUGCACCGGGUGUUCGGGGCCAGCAACGUCACGAAGCUGCUAAAUGAGUUGCACCCUUACCAACGCGAGGACGCCGUCAACUCCCUCGCCUACGAGGCCGACAUGCGCCUCCGCGAUCCCGUCUACGGCUGCGUCGGCGUCAUCUCCCUCCUCCAGCGCCAGCUUCGCCAGCUCCGUGUCGACCUGUCCGCCGCCAUGUCCGAGCUCUCCAAGUACCAGUCCGCCGCCACCGGGCAUGGGCUCAUCGAUGUCAACUAUCUUACGAUGCCGAGGCACUACGAAGAAGAUCCGGCAGCGAAGCUGGCCGCCGAUGGAUCAUACGACACCGGACUUGCUAGCGUCAUGAAGCCAAGCACGGCCAGCGGCGACGAUAACCCAGCCAUUAAACCUCUGUAAGAGACCAACUGUGUGUCAUACACCUAUCUUUCUUCACGAUCAUCUGAGAUCAUAUAACUUUUAACAGAGGACCCGUUCAUGCACGCAGGUACGUGGAUCUCAUGCAUGCCAAAUGCUGCCUUUUCUGCUGAUCCAUCUCUGCUUUCACUGCACUUCAGGUUAAGAUUUGGAGAAUGGCUAAUUGAUGGAGAUAAUGAGAUAUAAACAUAUAUAGAGGGAGAUAAUGACUCUCGGAUUUCUCGUCCUCUUCUUGUGUUGAAGUCAUGCAGCAGUUGUGGAUUCUGUAGUUCCCGUAGACUUCA